UUGACUUCUCCGUGGCAUGCUCUGAGGGCGGUGUUAAGACAGUUUGGCCCCCUUGGCUCUCCGUAGUUCACAGCCUGGGCGUCGGCAGUACUUCUUUGCAGCUGCUGCGUAGGAAAAACACCUCUUCACCAAGAGAGCUCGGAGGUGUCUCUUACAUAAACGAAAACGUAGCUACUAUAAAACAUACAAAAUGCAUUCAGUCACGCUGGACAGCAGUGGUUCGCCACGAAAACGGACGUUAUCUCGGGGACUUAGCGAGGAUGAGUCGCUCCGCUGCAUAAUAAAAGAGACCGAGAGCUCAUCUAGGCGUCUGACACGAAGCGACAGCCGAGCAGGCACCCUGAAGAAGAGGAGUGACAGUCAGCAGUCUGACCAGGACAUCUUAAUGGGACUCCCAGAAAUGCUGGAGCUGCAGGCCAACUAUGACGAGGUGGUGCAGGAGCUGCGUGGGCUGGAAGUUGAGCGAGAGACUCUGUUGUUCCAGGUGGACUUCCUGCAGGACACUCUGGAGGGCGUGGAGGAGGUGCUGGCUGAGGCCCAGAGGGAGGCUGGACACGCUAGAUUGGAGUUGGAACAAGAGAGAGAGGCCAAGAGGAAACUGGAGAGCAUAGUCUGCUCUCUGAUGCAAGAGGUGGAGAGAUUGAAAGAGGAGAGGAAUAACAAUCCUUCUGCUCCAGUGAACGCGCAUGGAAGUGUUGACGAGGAAACGAGACAAGGACGCCAACUGAAAAAUGAUGCAAAUGAAUUGAUGACCGACUCGUGUGAACCUCACAGCAGUGAAAGCAGAGGUAGAGCGUCGGAGGAAGAGGGACAGAGUGAAGGGACAGAGCUGAUGAAGCUGCGGAAGUUGGCUAAUAAGCCCCUGGGCCACAUGCCCUCUCUUGCAGUGGACAAUGCAUUUUCUGUAGACGGGGUCCUGCAGAGGCCUUGUGAAAGCUGCGUCGAUGACGGACAACAUCCUUGUUGCGACAGGACCGAUUCGGACAGCAUCAGUGCCUACGAGGAUGCGUCUGCUGAGACUCCAGAGCAGGACCGGCUGUUUCCGGGUGAUGCAAACACUUGUGAGCUGCCUGAUGAUUCAGAGAGAGACUCUACUGACAACUGCCCGGUCAAUGACGGGGACACCCAAAACCCCAAAAACCCUGACGCUUGUCUUGUGUCUUAAUCGGUUUUAUCUUCUACUGGGAAACUAGUCAAUGAUUAUUGAUUAUUUGGUGGUAAUUCAAGAGCACUUUGAUUUGCAGUUUACCCACAUCUGAUAUUUGUCUCCUUAGAAAACAUUCAGAGUUGUAAUUAGUGCUCCAAUGAGUAGUGGAUUGAAAGAAAAUUGAUCUGCAACUAUUUUGACAAUCAAUCAACCAUUGCAUUCAUUGGUUUCAGCUUCUCAAAUGUGAGGAUUUGCUGCAUUUUUCACUAGUUUUUGACAUUUUAUAACUAAAUGAUUAAUCAAUUAAUCUGCAGCUUGAUUGAUAAUGAAAAUAAUGGUUAAUUGCAGCCCUGUUUGUAUAACACUGUAGCAGAAUUGUAAAUUUCAGUUUUAAAUUCAGAACAAAAAAACUCAGGAUCCAGGUUGUUGACUAGCUUGAAUUCCACUAAUGACUACUUAAUAUUAUUUGCCAUUAAUUUCUUUUUAAUAUCGGUCUUAACUUCUUUUUGUAACAUGUCGAAUAGACAUGGAAAAUAGUCUGUGCUGCGUUGACCAUUUACCUCUUUUAAUAAGGUUUAUCUGUAUACUAGCAGCUGCCAGGAAACACCGUGAGCUCUGCAAGUAUAUGGACAGGGACUGUUGAUGUUUUGGCUCCAGGCACAGUCGAAGGUUAGGAAUUUAUAGAGGCAGUCGAUCACUGUUGUUAACUGCAUUUAAAGUGCAUAUUUGACGUGGCUGUCCUUACCUGUAGAGCUCAACGUACAGGAAGUUUAAGACGUGUGACAUAGCUCUUUGGAAGCUAAGAGCAGAUGCACGUAAUCCAAAGCAGUUGUUUUAAAAGUUUCUAAGAUACAGAUUUUUCAAUGAAGGGAAAAUGCCAUCUAUUUGCUGCCUUGCUGAUCUUUAAAAGAAGAUUUAUUUUUUUAUCUUUCAUAUACGUCCCUUUUUCCUGUUUUUAUGUUAAAUUUAGGGGAAUUGAUUUUGGCUGCAUUUGCACUUUCUAAAGUUCUUGUAUUGUGGCAUAAAUUUGUCCCGAUUCUAUCAGAAACCACAUUCCCUCAACGACCAAACACGUCAGCGAGAAGUAAUCCGCUGUCCUGCCACAAGCUGUGUUCUCUGCCUGCAUGGUAAUGCUGUAGGUUUGCACAUUUGCAGAAACUUGCUGAAAUGAGUCUCUUUGGAUGUCUCUGAUUGCUGUAAACAUUUUGUAUUUAAUCGCAAUUUUUUUUUAACGUUUUUUUACAAUGUUACAUUUCUUUCAUGCUUGAUGCUAGAACAGACCCUUUCACCUCAUUUAUGAUAGUUUGCAUGAGCACCUAAGAAUGUACAUUGAUUUCCAAACUGCACAUGAAUUGAUCAGUGUCAUUUAUUAGUACUUUUGCACGCAGUACACCUAUAUGACAUAAUACUUUGAUCUAAGGUAUUUACUGCGAUGAUUGGUGUUUUGAAGGGAUUUUAAUUUUGUUUGCAAAUAAUGUAUCGUUCUGUCAUUUCCUGGUCUUAAAGGUGGAUCUUUAGCAAAGUUACUAAAUAACUUCAGUUUUUAAUGGUACAUAUAUGACACUAAAUGAAAAUCACAAUUUGAUAUCUAACACAUUUGUGGAAAUUUCAAAAUAAGGUAGAAUGUUUGCAGUGCUACAUUUAGCUGCUUAUUUUAUGCGUUUAAGGCAGUGUGUUAAUGUUUGUAUUGACUCAUUUGUCUUUUGUAUUACUUUUUUAUCACACGGAGUCCUUAUUUUCUUUUUUUCUCCACAAAAUGAGCUAAAAGAAGGUUUCUGUUACUGCAGUGCUGUGUGGUGCCACAGUGGUCAGUUCUUGAGCAAAUGUAAUUUGCAACCAACACUAGUCAGGCGUUUCUACAUCCGCAUUCAGUCAUUUGUUGUUUAUGCUGUUUUCAGUUCAUUUUCGGUUCCUAUUGAUUUCCUUUCAGGUCAAAGGAUUUGGUUUGUUGUAAUGAACCAGUAAAGUAAUGUUACUCUGACUUCAAAUGUUCCUUGUCAUUUUAAACUUCACUGGUGCUGUAAGCAUUUUAAGUACACAGCAGUGAUUUUGACAAUUUAUUAAGUAAUCAAAUUGCUUUGUGUUUAAUUUUCCUCAAUAAUGCAAACAAUAUGUUCUUACUGUCAUUUGAUGUUUUAUGGGUCUAUAUAUUUUUUUCUUGUCCUGGGCUUUGUAUUAAAUGGUCAGAUGUAAUAGUAAAUUACAUACAUUUAUACUUGUAACCAGACUUCCAGACAUAUCAAAAUAAAAAGAGUGAAUAAUGCUAA